GUCCAACUGACCUUCUUAGGGAGCAGACAAGAAAGGACAUCACCGCUCAUCCCUCCAUGGCUGGAGCCUCUGCGGUCCGUGCAGCCUUGCCAGCCGCCUUGCUGGGGGUGCCCUUCACAAGAUCCACGCGACGCAACACGCACGGCGCUGGUGCUUCUUCCUCAAGGGUUGGAGCUUCUGCGAGGGCGAGGUCUUCAGUGUGCUGCAGCGACAAGCGCUUUGAAUUAGUGGAUAAGGAGAAGUACUUCAAGUCCAAGCAAGCAGCUUCCACGGUCUAUCUCCAGGCGGCGGGCGGCAUGCGCUACUGCGACUUGAAGAUGGGCGAUGGGAAGCUGGCCCAGAAAGGCAUUUUGGUGUGCUUUCACUACGAAGGCAAACGCCUCAAUGGCAAGGUCAUGGAGUCCUCCUGGACCACCGCGACGACGCCUCCCUGUGUGAAGGCGGGCCACACCCCCGAAUUCCCGGCUUUGGGCGAGGGAGUGGUGGGGAUGAGAGAAGGUGGGAAGCGCGAGCUGAUCAUCCCGCCAAGCAUGAACCGCCCGGGCGUGGAGGAGGUCAUGAUCUACACGCUGGAGCUGGUGACCGUCGCGCCGGCUGGUGAAGAGCCUGCGGAUGCACCCCCACCAGUGACUGAGCCGGAGCCGACACGAGCUACAUGGUUCUGGCAACGCUUGGUGGGCGGUCCAGGGCGGUAAUCCAAAAAGAUUGGACGGCGUGCCGCACGCGUCGUGCACGGCCUGCGCCGGUGGCGGGCAAGCCGGCGUGGCGUGAACACUGCAUCGUCUACUGCAUUUGAUCAGCGGAGGACCCCC